AUGUUUUAUGCUAGUAAUAAAGGCUCUGCUAGUGUAAAAGGAUGUGAUGAUGUAUGGUAUUUGGAUAGCGGAUGCAGCAAUCAUAUGACUGGCAGAGAAGAUGUAUUAGUUGAUGUUGAUAAGAAUAUAACUGUAAAAGUUACAAUGGGGACAGGACAAUUGGUUGAUGUUGUUGGAAAAGGAAAUCUUGUUGUUGACACUAAGAUGGGAAGAAGGUAUGUCAAAGAGGUCCUGUUAGUUGCUGGUCUCAAGGAGAAUUUGCUCAGUGUAGGGCAAAUGAUGGAGCAUGGAUAUGUUCUGAUUUUUGGUUCCAAUAAGGCUGAAAUUUAUGAUGAUAGUUCUCUAUCAAAUUUGGUUGCUAAGGUGCAAAUGAAAGGCAACAGAAGCUUUCCUUUGAAGCUUCACACAACUUUACAAGUUGCAUUAAGAGCAAAUGUAGAGUCAUCCUUAAUUUGGCAUAGAAGAAUGGGGCACUUAAACUUCACUAAUUUGAAGCUGCUGCAAGAUCAGGGAAUGGUACUUGGACUGCCAGAAAUUAAGCCUGUCAAUGAAGUGUGUGAGGGCUGUACCUUUGGAAAACAUUGCAGAGAUUCCUUUCCAAAAGAAACAACAAGCAGAGCCACAAUCCCACUCGAGUUGGUACACACAGAUGUCUGUGGACCAAUGCAGACUGUUACCAAAGCUGGAAAUAGAAAUUUAAAGCCACUGUUGAGCUGCAAAGUGGAUAUAAAUUGA